UUAUGUCGCUGCAGUAGUCAGUCACAUGUGUUAUUUCGUCUUCUGCUCUAGGAUUAUCCCUAUUUUCUAUUUCUGUAACUUUUAUCAUAUCUGAUCCUACUUUAAUAAUUACAAUGUUCUAGGCGACCGUUAAAAUGGUAAUUUUCGCUAAAUCAUUCAUUAAAAUAGCUAGAACGCAGCUGAGAGCGAUGAGAAAUUUCGAAACAGCAAAUCGAUAUUGUUCUUCGAGUACAAGAACAGAAUAUCAAACAGAUAAAUCCCUUAUUCUUUCUGACAAAUGUAUACAGAAAUUACGUAGUGUAGCUAAAGACGGACAUUUCUUAAGGAUCGGUGUAGACGGAGGUGGAUGUUCUGGAUUUCAAUACAAGUUUGAAUUAGAUACUAAAAUUAACGACGACGAUAAAGUGUUUGAACAAGGCGAUGUUAAGGUAGUUGUGGAUGAAAUAUCUUUACAGUAUAUUAAAGGAUCUACAUUGGAUUAUCACGAAGAAUUGAUUCGUUCUGCCUUCAGAAUUAUUAAUAAUCCUCUGGCUGCUCAGGGAUGUUCUUGUGGUGCAUCGUUUAAUAUUAAAAUCUAGUUAAGUUUGUAUAUUUGAUAGAUAUAGGUAUACAUAAAUAUAAAAUGUAAAUAAUUUAUUAAAUUAGAAACAAGUAUAUGUUUAAAAUGUUAUAAUUUAUUUCAUGGUAAGAAAAUGUAUUGUACAACUUGUACAUUUUACAAUGUUAUAAUUAAAAAUUUGUUAAUUUUGCAUAUUUAUGUAUGUCCAUUCAUUUCUGCAUGGUCUCAAUAAUAAGAAUUUUUUGUUGUUUAAAUAUUAAUCAUGGAAUGCAUAAGUGUAAUACAUAUUCUGAAACUGUUAGUAUGGUGAAGAUUAACAUGCCCAAUAUACUAA